CGGAGUACGGAGUCCGGAGUACGACGUAUGGAGUGCUUUGUCAAGGCGAGUGAAGUUUUGCGCGCUCUCUGUCGGAGCGUGUCCUCGCCAAACGCUGAACAGUUCCUUCAAGCACAGAAACAGGAUUGAACCUGCAAACUUCUGUCAAUUCACCUUUUUCAUCAUGUUUUCCACAAAUAGUGCAACCCAGGUUCCGUUAGCUUAUAGAAACUCUCGCCGAAGACAGAGAACCUCAGAUGACGUUUCCGAUUCGCCGAAAGCAAAGAAACAAAAAUCACUGCUGCGGGAUACUUCCUUCGAUAACUAUGAUACAGAGGAAGAGAGCGAAAUACACCUUGGUUUUAAUCAAAGCGAAAAUGAGACAGCGCGAAGGGAAUCAACUCCUCCGAACAACACCGGCUUAGCUGAUACCUCUAGUCCGGCGCCAGAGAAACUCGAUAACUGUGACCGCCUUAAGAUGUCAAAUAUCUUGGUAAAUAACGACUAUUAUUUAGCUACUCAUUUACCAUCAGUCCCGGAUAGGGUGAAGGAGAUCUUACGAGAACCAUUUCGUUGUGUUAUUUCUCCCGAUGCUGGAUAUUGCGUUGCCCUUACCAGAAGGAACGCAAUUCUAUGGCCAUAUUCGGCCGCCUCUACGUCAUUAGCUACGAAUGAUGUCCGUGUGCUUUCCCUUUUAGAACUUUCAGGAAAGCCGAGCGACGCUUUACCUUUAGCAACCCUCAUCUCUCCAUCAACUCACUCGGAACCUGGUUUAGUCAUUGUCCUUCCAUCAACCGGUGACGUUCUGUUUUGGGAAACUGUUUCAAAUCCGACGAUACUUGGGUUGAUUAAACAACAACGGAGCGGCUUACAAGAUGCAAUCCCUGGACUGCUUUCUGGUGAAUAUGCGACAGAGAUCGUUAAUGUUGAGCCAGCGGGGUUCAUAGUCAUAUUAUCUACAGGACGGGUCUGUCAUGUUUGCGUUCGAGACUCACAGGGAAAGCCGGCCCUUAACUUUCAAUUUCUCAAUGCUUCAUCGCGAUUAACGGGCGGCGGUUUACUUGGAGGAAUUCGGAAUGUUCUUUCAAGUGCUUCUUGGCGGAAGAAUGUAGUUGCUGCCAAGGCUGGCAAGUCAUAUCGACGGGGGCACCGCAACCUCUUGGUUGCUACAAAUUCCGGUUUAAUAGAAGUUUGGGACACUCAUUGGAGCAAUGGGAGUAUCUUCAAAACACGGAUCGAGGUGGUAAAGGCGGUAAGUCACGCAUUGGAGAGUUGUGUUAUUUCGACAGACUAUCAUCCCGAUUCCUACCAGCUUGUGGACUUCACGUUUCGGGAGGACUCUAGCAGCGUGGACCUAGAGGGAAAUGAGGAUAGAUACUCACUAUGGGUGCUUUUGUCCGCCACACGACAGCGGUCGAACUGUUAUUGGGUUGUUGAGGUAGAUAUCCACGGCUCUCAAGUCACCGUCGGUCGUAUUUCCUCAGUCACCCCUAGACCGACUGUGACUAGGCGCGAUAAUCUAUGGACGCCACGGAUACACGUCCCUAAACCUGGUCACACUGGAUUCAUUAUUUUCGAGUGUGGAAUUGUUUUAUUAUCUUUGGUACCAUUGCGAGAAUCGCCUUCUUCGCAGCUAUUGCUUGACGGCGGGCCUAUUCCGACCCCGUUUCAGGACUAUAUCAAAUUCCGCGAUGAAAAUGACCACGCAAUUCUUGGAUGUGGAGUUGAGCGUUCACAAUUUGACCAGAAAUCUCCGUCUUGCCUCAUAAUGGUUCAGAAUCUCGGCUUGAUUCGUAUUUCCGUUCGUGCUCGACCCAUAUCCCGCACAGGUGUUGACGAAGGUCGGAUAACGGUGAAAUCUCGACUUGAACAAGUUGUAUUUUAUGAUAUUAAAGGCAACCCAUUGGAUCUUACUUGCUACGAGGAACUGUGCAUGUCGCCAAGCGCUCUUGAGGAUGCGGCUCUCCAGAUUAGCAGCGAUAUCCUUCGAUCUAAUUCCAAAUUUGUUCCCGCGACGGUGGCAAGCUUAGAUGAGCAAAUGAAAUUGCGGUCUACAGCUCUUUGCGCAUUGGCUACUUAUCUAAGCAAGCAACAUUUCCAACUCUCUUAUCCGGCAAGAUGGACUCUAUUAUCACACGCUGAGAAAGUAGCUGCUCAUAGGGCGGUUUGGAAAGCUCAGGAAAAUAUAUGUAGGAACUCUGAAAUUGGUGGGACUCAUCUGGAAUAUAUUCUAGGACAGAUGGGAGAAAGGUUUAGAACCAAAUUCCCUUCUAGCAAUAGGGAAGAAGAUCUUGUUCGCCAUUGGUUUAUCCACGAUACAUGGCGAAUGGAUUAUAUCGUUCCUUGGAUUCUACACGGCAUUAGGGAUAUGUCCAACAAUGGCACCAGAUUGGAUAGACAGCUCGUCUGGCAAAUUUUGCAAGCGAGCGAGCUUUCUUUGGCUGCUUUGGGUGCCACUUUUCAGCUCCGGGAGGAGCACGCUAAGCUAUAUGGACUAGGAGAUUGCUACCCGGGUAUAAAUGGGCUUCCGAUGCCUAAGUACAGCUUGAUUUCUGCGCUGUGGACGGCGGACAAAGUCAACUACGUCGAGAGCGAACGACUCCUUGAUGCCGAAUUGAAUGUUUGCCUUCAAUGGCUGAAACAAAAAGAUCCGGGGAGUUCUGAUCAGACCGUUUCUAGUAUGAUCCAACGAAUUAAGAAGAACAUCCCCAAAGCGUUCAGAGUAUUAUGGAAACUGUAUAUGGAGCGUGUGAAUUGGUGCAUUUCCCAAGCUUCGGUGGAGGAGCAGGAUGCUGGGAAAGAGCUUCAAAAAUGUUACAUUGUGCACCGUAAAACGCACCUUUACAAGAUGGCAGCGAUGGGUUUACUAGAAGAGUCUAUCGAGCUCGCUGAGAAUUUCGAGGACAUGGACGCAUUGGUUGAACUUAUAGUCGAAAUGGAAAAUCGGAUUGGAGAUCGUCAUCCAGCAGGAGCAGGCGACCCAGCAUACGAUGGCGAAAUGGAGGCUUGCCAACUGAGAAUUGACAAGUAUUUUGAGAGAUUUGGCGAGGCUUGGGCUAACCCUUUUUAUACCCGACAGAUAUUGGCUGGUUAUCCAGAGAUGCUAGUAUUGAUGUCACCGUAUCAAGAACAUAUUACUCGUUUUCUGCAUCAGCGACCAGGUUACGCCAAGCUGAGUUGGAUGAAUGAUGUCCUAGGAGAAAAGGAUUAUGGCAGCGCUUCGAAAUCGUUAUGCAAUUUUGCGACAAGCUAUGAGUCGAAUCUAUGGAGCAAACAAGUGGAACUCGCAAUAGGAAAGCUUUGUCGGCUUGCGACACUUGAAAGUUCGGAGAAACAGGAUCUAACAAGCCUUCAGGAAGAUAUUAAACGGUUUGACGAUCUUUCCGAGCUCUCACGCAUUCAAGAAAUGCUGUACGGUCAUAUAGCACCUGCUAUACACGGCGCAAUUGACCAAAGUGCGGAGGUACAAUUAGCCAAUGAGCAGUUCGGCAAGGUAAUCGUUCAUUCGAAACCCGCUCUUCGCGAAGCUCUUCAUCGUAAUUUAGCGAAGUUGGUUGCCAAGUGCCCUAUGGAGCCUGACGAACUGGUUGAUACCCUGACAUUAAUAGAUCCCGCACCCUCUAUGAAAGAUGGGGACGAGGAUAUUAUCGGCCAUGAAUUUAGUUUGGCAUUGAAAGCUUUAAGCUUGAGUGAUUUGAGCCGUCAGGACCCUGAAUACUGCAAUGUUCUUGAAAAGCUUCUCUGGCGGCGUUGUAUGAUUCGCGAUGAUUGGGAUAUCAUUAAUCGCACCAAGCAAAAGGGAGAUAAAGAAGUGGAAGAUGUUAUCCGGUCCACCGUAUUAUUUAGGACCUUGAGUGAUAUAAAAGACUUUGAAAAUGAGUCCGAGCUGUUUUGCAAACUCCAUACGCCUGUGGAUAUUGCCAAUUCGAACAUACUUCCCCAGGGGCUUGCCUCUCGUCUCCUCCCAGAAGAGCAAGCUCGUUUACUCGAAGAUUUUGAUGAAGAAGCCAAAUUGCUACGCAGCUACAUUGAAAGGGGCAGAUUGGACGACUGGUUUACAUGGAUUGUCGGUGCUGUCAGGAGCAAUCCAGAAGAAACUUAAUGCCAGUUCAAACUUUAAUCCCUCGGCCCUAUGACUGGCAUUCGAGGCCAGACAUGAUGAAAGGCGUUGUUGGAUAGGAUGGCGAGUUAGGGUGCAAGGCGGCUGGGUUUUCUGUAGACUAAAUCAUAAUUACAUGUUAUGAUGUCCCUU